AUGUUGAAGUUGUUAUACAAGGAUAAAACAAUCUCACAAAUUAAAGAUCCAGAAGGUAUACCGAGUUCAAUAGCAAUUUCACCAGAUGGUAAAUUUUUAGCCAUCAAUCAAAAUAUAUCAAUUCUUAUAUAUGAUCUAAACUCUUUAAUUUCUAAUGGUUCAACUUCAUCUAUUUUAAAACCAAUCAUUAUAAUACCGACAUCUCACAAUUUGCCAAUAUCUUCUAUUAUAUGGUCACCAGAUAAUCAAUGCAUUGCUAGUGGAAGUAACGAUUGUUCUAUUGAAAUUUAUCAUUUACAAUAUGGGUUACUACAUAAAUUAACUGGACACACUGCACCAGUGACAUCUAUCAAAUAUAAUGAAAAGGGUAAUCUUUUAUUGAGCUGUAGUGUUGAUGAAUCAAUUAAAAUAUGGGAUAUUUUACAUGGUACUAAUCUUAGGACUAUUAAUACCCAUAACGAUCCAGUAGUGACAAUUGAUUUCAAUAAUGAUUCCAGCAUUUUUAGCUCUGGUUCACAUGAUGGGCUAGUUCGUUUAUAUGAUUCAGGCACUGGUAAUUGUUUAAGAACUUUAACUUAUGAUAAAGAUUGGAAAGAAGAAACGGGUGUGGUCCCAGUAAAUAAAGUUAUAUUCGCACCAAAUGGGAAAUAUUUGAUGGUGAGAACUUUAGAUGCUCAAAGUACCAUUAAUUUAUGGGAUUGUAUUGUUGGUGAAGUAGUACGAACCUUUAGAAUUGAAGAUGGAACUCUACCAUCACAAGAUGAAAAACUACAUUGUGGCGUCAAAUUUCUUAUAGGGCAAAGUCAAGAUGGAAUAAAAGGUGUAUAUAUUGUUGCAGGGUUUGAACAGGGACAAAUAUACAUGUGGGACACUAAUGAUAGACAAAUUGUAUUUCAUAAUGGUGGAUCUACUCAUGAAAAUGGUCCUAUUCUAAGUGUUGAUACUUUUCAAGAUAUUGUGGUAACUUUGAGUUCUAAUGGGAUAUUUUGCAUAUGGCAAGUCGAAGUUUAA